UGAUUUCUUAUCGGGACCCCGAGGACUCUAAUGAUCAGUAGGUGUCCAGGGGCCUUGUUAGUUUCCUAAUUUGGACAGAGCGUUCUCGACACGCACCUUUUGCUCAACUGCUUACCGCACAACUUUCAAAAUGACACUACUCUCGCGGCGACAUACGCCAUGGCUUAUCCUCUCGAUACUGUCCUUAAUCUCUCUUGCUUCCGCCCACAUGAUUGAAAUUACAGCCUCAAGAAAAGAGUGCUUCUUUGAGGACCUACACGAACAUGACCAAAUGACAGUCACAUACCAAGUUGGAGAGGGCGGGCACCUCGACAUUGACUUCUGGUUAACAGACCCAGAAAACAAUGUUCUCGCUAAGCACAUCCGUGAAAGCACUGGCACAACGUCCAUAACAGCUGAGAAGGAUGGCCGUCACGAGUACUGCUUUUCGAACCAGAUGAGCACAGUUGCGGACAAGAUGGUUAGCUUCAACGUUCACGGUAUCAUAUACGUGUCCGAAGAAGCAGAUGUCACUGCUCCCGUUGAACGCGAGAUCCGCUCCCUAGCGAUAGGCCUCACAUCCGUCAAGGACGAACAAGAAUACAUUGUCGUCCGUGAGCGCACGCAUCGGGACACAGCAGAAAGCACCUGCGACCGUGUGAAAUGGUGGUCUGUGCUUCAAGCACUUGUGCUGUUCGCGGUAGUUGCGUGGCAGGUGUACUACCUUAAGAGCUUCUUCGAAGUAAAGCGCGUUAUAUAGUGCAUGGACUAUGGAACAUAAUGUAUCCGCUUCUACUACCUUAGAAUCUGUCUGACAAUGAUGACAUUCUAAAUCCAAGAGAGGGAUGAUAUGUAACAUCGAGUACUAAUUGUUUAGCGCUCGAUAGUCCUUAUGGUCGACAGAAAAAUACAAGCGUCUAGUGAUGGCGCAUGAGACAUCCCAU